AACCACCUUGACUAAGCAAGGAUAAUUACUUUAAAUACAUAUACACGUUUCACGAAUAAUGGUUAACAAAAUAGAAUUUAUAAGGAAACAACUUUAUUAAUAUACAUUUAUACAUAAUGAGUAUGAAAUCGAUAUCUUUCAGGUGUGAGUGAUUAUUAUUUCGAUGAGUGUUUGUAUACAUCUGUUUAUAAAAAAAUAGAAUGACUUGUAAGUAAUGCAUGUACCUCGCUAUCGCCAUUCACCAAAAAGGACGGAUAAUAAACACGCGCGUUAAAAUAGAUUGGCCUAUAUUGAAACCGAUAUCAUGAAUAAACCAAGCAACAUACAGACGCGUGUGUAAGUAUCGGAUCAUUUUGCAUCGAAUAAACGCAUGGCAUAGUUACGCUCAAGCCAGUAAAGGGAUAGUGGAUAAGGCGACUGAAGUAAAUUUACUACAAUCGGCAUGGACUUCAGCAAAGACCAGCUUGUGAGGAAGACGCUGGAGAACUACUCCGGGGCAUCAAAUCUCAUGCACAACGAGAAAGUGCGAGAACUUAUGGCGGCAGGGAAGAAAAUCUAUCAUUUCGGAUUCGGUCAAUCGCCAUUCCCUAUUAUGAACAAAGCCGCCGAAAGGCUUAGCAAACAUGCAUCGAAGGCCGCUUAUUUGCCCGUGGCUGGUAUUCAGGAUUUGCGAUAUGCGAUUUGCGAUUUCCACAAACGUUAUGACGACAUUUCCCGUUCACCCGAUGACGUCAUAGUUGGCCCUGGAAGUAAGGAGCUGAUAUUUCUACUCAUGAACAUAUUUGAAGGAGAUAUCAUUGUCAUUUCCCCUUCCUGGACAUCAUACAAGCCUCAAGUCCAGCUGUCCCAGCAUGCACCGCGCGUCAUAGUAGCCAACAUGGCCGACAAGUGGAAAAUCACACCAGCGUCAUUUAAACAGUUUCUUGAGUCUGAGAAUUUCUCCACGGUUAAGCUUCUCAUCCUUAACAACCCGGACAAUCCUACCGGUACAUUAUACACAAAGGAAGAAUUAAUCUCUUUGAGGGACGUUUGCAGACAACACAAAGUCAUUGUAUUGGCCGACGAAAUUUACGCAAGAUUAACGUACGAUGGUGACUUCACAUCGAUGGCCCAGGUGUAUCCGGAAGGCACCGUGUUGUGUUCUGGGAUGUCAAAGUGGGCCAGUAUGGGUGGAUGGCGGGUCGGUUAUCAUAUCUUCCCACCGGAACUGACGUCUUUGAAGAACGCUGUAAAGAACGCUGCAAGUAAUACGUACACAUCCGUAGCCGCCCCGAUACAGUACGCAAUCACAGAGGUGUUACAAGACCAUGCCAUAUGCGAGAGUUACAUGUUCCACACCAACCGCAUAAUGGCGGCCGUAGCCGAAUAUUGCCAUCGUGAACUGAUCGAUGUCGGCGUUAAGGCGGUUGUUCCAAAGGGAGGCUUCUACAUCUUCCCGAACUUCGAGGUUCUGAGAGAGACGCUCACUGCUCAGGGAAUACAUACAGGCGAGCAAAUGGUGGAGAAGCUGUUCGGAGAAACAGCAGUGUCGGUCAUGGCAGGCGGACCCGGCUUCCUGCGACCGGAAACGGAACUGACGGUCAGGCUGUGUUUCGUGCAUUUUGACGGAGCCGACGCAUUGCUUGAGAGUGAGCGGAUCGGUCGCGGAAGACUUUGUGCGCACGCAUUGCACGAACGUUCAUGAUGGAAUUCAGAAAAUGUCCCGCUGGGUUAUUAACUUGCUAUCUGAAAAGACGACGCAAAAGCCAUAGAAGAAAGAAGCUGUAUUGUUUUGGAUAAUUUCUGUUGAAGUGACCAUCGUUUUGCUAUAGUAUAUUACGAGUAUUUCAGAACGUGUUUGUAUGUUCAUGAACUCUGUACAUAUAAGUUUAUUGGACGCAAUGAACAACGUAAGUUUUAAGAAUUUUUUAUGUUGCAUUUCUCGCUAUAAAAUAGAAAAAUGUUGUGUUUUGUAUGUGACAUACGUGUCAUGGAUAUUGUUAUCUGAGAGAGUGUGAAUUUAAUUCAACAUGUAAAAUACAUAUAUUUUCAACAAAUACCAGGCAUUACAAACGACACGUUCAGAUGCAGACAUUUCCAUUGCAUAAAGUUGCGAUGGGGUUGUUAAUUAUGAGGUUGUAUGGAUGUGUUUUCUUGUCUCUAACACUAUCAAAACUUUUAUAAUAAAAUUCUAUACACACAUAAUUACACCAAUAUCAAAUAAUAAGAUGCGUGUCAAUUACGUAUAUUGACUAACCCAGACAGACACUCUAUGUGAAAACAUCAUGAAAAUUUUGCUCGUGUGUCAUAUGUCAAAGUGUAUGGCCGUCCUCGUAUGCAAAGGGCAUAUUCCAUGUCAGUUGUGUUCCGGUAGGUUGUAUCGAACAAAUUGGUUUUGUGAACAUCUAUUCCACAUUUUCGAAUGGCGAAUUGAAUGCGAUGUAACACAAUAAACGAGAGCGAUAAAAUACAUAGUUAUAUAGUAUUAUACUAUUUAUAAAUGUUUACCAUUAUAUUAAAGUAAUAUGACUUAAUUUAAAAUCGGUAUUUACACACAAUAAAUGCAUUUUACAUGUUUGAAAAACUCGCGUAAAUGCAUAUGACGUGUGUUGCGCGUGUCUAUGAUAGAAUGAGUUUUUCAAAACGUCCCUUGGAGCGUUACAAAUAGCACAUACAAAAUUUCCGCUUUCUUACCCGUGAAAAACAGAAAUGCACUUCACAUUGCGAAAUAAUGAAUUUCAAAACAGUAGAUUAAAUUGGAUAAAGAAAAUGCUCCAAUAUUUAAGUAAGUAUAUUUAUAGGUUAAUGAAACAAACCAAUCAUCAGGUAUAUUACUUAUCUAGAUAUAUUGUACGUUAACACAUAUGUAAAGGAUGAUAAAAAUAAAAUACGUGGAAACUUGUAUAAGAUA